AUGAUUCUUGGACUUAUUGGUUCAAUGAUAUAUGGUGCUUUAUUUCCAAUAUUCUCAUAUUAUCUUUGUGAAUCUAUAGUUAUGCUUGUUACUGUUUAUUUAACUGGAAUUCCAAAUGAUGAUGACGUUAUGAAAUAUUUUUAUAUUUUUGUUGGAAUUUCAUAUGGUGCAUUUAUCUCAACAUAUUUACAUAAAGCAUUCUUUUUGAUGUCAGGAGAGUUCUUGACAUAUAGAGUAAGAAAAUUAUCAUUUUAUGCAAUUUAUAGACAAGAUAACGGAUGGUUUGAUAAAAAAAGAGAAUUCAACUGGAAGAUUUGCAGCUGA